AUGGCUGGAGCACUACCCUCCCAAGGAUUCAAAGGUUUCCAUACAUCACCAAAGUUGAAUAAACUGGGUAUGCGCGGAUCCAACACCUGUGAAUUGGUCUUCGAGGAUUGUGAAAUCCCAGGUGCAAUGUUUCGCUUAAUGCACUCCUCGUGUUACACUUCAACAAUUUUAUUUGUAGAAGAAAAUGUGAUGGGAGGUGUCGGAAAAGGAGUUUAUGUACUGAUGACAGGUCUUGAUUACGAGCGCUUAGUACUUUCCGGUGGACCUUUAGGUAUAAUGCAAGCAGCCUGUGACAUAGCUUUUGAAUAUGCUCAUCAUCGUGAACAAUUCGGCACACAAAUAGGGACUUUCCAACUAAUCCAAGGUAAAAUGGCAGAUAUGUAUACAACGAUGAACGCCUGCAGAUCUUACCUGUAUACAGUUGCAAAGGCCGCAGAUCAGGGUCAUGUUUCGAAUAAAGAUUGCGCUGGUGUUAUACUGUAUCUAGCCGAAAAGUGUACGCAAGUAUGUUUGGAUGCCAUACAAAUACUUGGUAAGUGA